AGACAGCUUGUGUCUGUUGCAGUACAGGUGGUGGGCCAUCUUAACAACGUGCCGUGCCGCAUCACUUCAGUUCCAGCACACAACGCACUGACACCGCACGCGCGCUCUAGCCUUCACCCACCAUGGCUCAGGAACAGUCCAGCAGCACCACCACCACUACCGUACCAGACCUGAACUCGCCACCCUUUUCACGCCUGUUUGUACUCUGCGGUAAGCAAGUUACCGUAGGCGCGCUGGAGAAGUUCUUCUCGCCGUACGGCACGGUCGAACAGUGCCACAUCGUGUACGAUCAAAGCACCGGCCAGUCGAAGGGUAUCGGGUUCGUCAAGUUCCAGAAAACGUCCCAGGCGGCCCGAGCACUUAAGGAGGCAGACGGAAAGCACAUCGAACCGGAGCUGAAACCGAUCAAGGUCGAGAUUGCUUCUAGCACAAUCGAGUCGAAACCGCUGGACUGUUUGCGGCUGAAGGUGAAAUGCGCGGCCGAGCUGGAUGCCGACGCGGUGAAGGCCGAGUUUGGCAAGAUCUCCGCCGUCAACAGUGUGCAGCUGGUGCCGGACAAGAAGUCGCCGGGCAACAACGUCGCCUACCUGACCUUCGAGUCGUUCCUCGAUGCGGCGCUCGCGUUCGAGACGGCCAAACCCGAGCACAAGGCCAAAUUUGCCAAGAUUAAACCGCGCAAGGUCAGCCUCGAGUCGGUGCAGCCGCAGGAGGCGCGCAGUUUCUUCCGGCCUGUCACCAGGCGGCGGUCGUCCACGCUGCUGCCGCCGACCAAGCUGACCGUGCUGUGCAGCUCCACGCUGACGCAGAACCAGAUCUGGCGCCUGUUCGACAUCAUCCCCGGGCUGAUGAACUGUUCCAUCUCGCACGACGGUGGUUCGAUCUCGUCCGCCACCGUCACGUACAACAACACGCAGUCGGCGAAGUACGCACGGGAGAAGCUGCACAAGUUCGAGUAUCCGAUCGGCGAGCGGAUCGUGGUGCGCGAUGGUAGUGAAUAGGGGAAUAUUUAUACCCCAAAUAUCUCUCUUUUUUUCUUUCUUUCAUUCGUUGGGUUUUCUAUGCUUGUCUUGUACAAAAAGUUUGCCAUGAAUGAUAGCACAAUAAAACAGAACCCUUUGGAACAGUUUGAGGGCGAACUACAUAU